AUGAAGGAGAGUCCGAGUAAUAACAACACCAACUACAACACCAACACCACAACGACGACGAUGACGACAACGAUGAUUGGCGAUGAGAAACGGCGAUGGGUGGGUACCACACGGAGUGAAGUAACGUACGGAUCCUCUGGCGGCAGAAGCGACUCAGAAAAGAAAAUCGGCGGCGGCAGCAGUGGCAAUAGUGGAUCAUGGUCAGCAUCCACCACCGACUCCGGAUCGGGAUCGGAGAUCUCCACCACGCUCGGCGCCGGAACGGGGAUCAGCAUUACGGAGGGGACAGUCGUUAACAGUGCCGGGGAGAUGGCCGGCGGUGGUGGUGGCGGCGUCGGACUUGGAAUUGACGGAGCGGGUGACCAUGACGAAAAUGAACAAAGAGUGGAAAGAGACUGUGAGGGAAGACCGGUCGUAUAUAAGGUCUAUAAGAGGAGGUGGUUCGGGCUGGUGCAGUUGACCUUGUUGAAUAUCAUUGUUAGCUGGGAUCACCAAGCGAAGCAUCUCGUGUACGGGAUUGGGGCCGCCCGUCCUACGCAAACGGGUGGCGGCCACCUCCUAACGCCCGCCACGAUGUUAUUGGGCCGUUUAAAGUUGAUCAAUACUCCCAAUUGGCUCACCUUCUCGCCCGUUGCCUCCCAGGCCGCCGCCUACUUCCGCACCACCGGAACGACCAUCAACUGGCUCAGCACCGCCUUCCUCUUCGCCUUCGCCUUCAUCACGCCCCUGGUCAUCUACGUCCUGCACCUCGGCCCCAAGUUAUCCAUCACCACUGCCGCUGCCCUUCUGCUCAUCGGCAACUGGGUCCGCUACGGGGGCUCCCACUCUUCCUCUCCUUCAGGUGGCCACUUCGGCAUCGUCAUGUUCGGCCAGAUCCUCAUCGGGCUCGCCCAACCCUUUGUCCUAGCCGCUCCCGCCCGCUACUCGGAUCUAUGGUUCACCAACCGCGGCCGCGUCGCCGCCACCGCCUUGACUUCCCUCGCCAACCCGUUUGGCGCCGCGCUAGGCCAGUUGAUUGUGCCAUUCUGGGUCGACAAGCCAUCCGACAUAUCAAGAAUGGUUCUCUACGUCUCCAUCAUCUCCUCCAUCUGCUCCGUUCCCGCCUUCUUCAUCCCCUCCCGGCCUCCGACGCCCGCUGCCCCGUCUUCCGCCACGCCCAAAUUACCUCUCCGCAUUUCGGCCGCGAUCCUACUUGGCCACGCCGAAUUCUGGCUCCUCUUCGUCCCCUUUGCUGUCUACGUCGGCACUUUCAAUUCCAUCUCCUCGCUGCUCAACCAAAUCAUGGAACCCCAUGGCUACACCGACGAAGAAGCCGGCAUCGCGGGGGCCGUGCUCAUCGUUGUUGGGCUGCUUGUGUCGGCCAUCACUUCGCCCAUCAUUGACAGGACGAAAGCGUUUUUGACUACAAUCCGUAUUGCCGUCCCUCUGAUUGGGAUCUGCUACCUUGUCUUUCUUUGGAUGCCGUCCACCCACGACUCUGCGGGCCUCGCUGGUCCUUAUGUCAUUUUGGCCAUUCUAGGCGCGGCGAGUUUCAGUCUGGUUCCGGUGGUGGUGGAGUUCCUGGUGGAGGUGACGCAUCCGAUUAGUCCCGAGGUGACGAGCACGUUGGCGUGGAGCGGGGGGCAGGUAUUGGGCGGGGUAUUCAUUAUUGUUUCGGGGGCGUUGAAGGAGGAGAAGGGAAAAGAGGGGAGGCCGGAUGGGAAUAUGUAUUGGGCGUUGGUGUUUCAUGCUGUGGUGGCUAUGGUGACGGUUCCGGUGCCGCUUUGUUUGGGGUUGUUUGGACGGCGGGAUAAGGUUAAUUUGAGGAGGGUGGGGUCGGAUGAUGGAAGAGGGGAUGGGACGGUGGAGGGGACGGCGUGA